ACAAGCCAAGCAGUGUUGUACGUGUCUAAUGUGUCUAAUUUAAGUAAUAAGUCUGCGUAGCCGGAAUACAAAUACAUAAGGCUACCGUUUACGUUAUACUUAUUUUAAGAAGAUUUAUGGUAAACAAAUUCUCCGUUUGUUAGGAAAUAGCAAUAAAAACUCACUGAACUGUACCUAUUGUGUAAGUAAAAGUAAACAAUAGAGUGGGGACAUUUAUCAUUAGGUACCUAGUUAAUGAAGGAGGUAAAACUGUAUACCACCUAUUUAAAAUAAAAUGAAUCUUUCGAUAGUUUUUGUAUGUGUUAUACAUAUAAGUAAAGCUGUGCUAUUUGGGACUCCAGCUGUGCACCAAGUAACAGAGCCAAUCGAUCAUGCGGAAGGACCAAUUUGGGAUUGUAGAACUGGAUUACUGUAUUUCGUUGACAUUUUUGAAGGGAGAGUUUUAAGUUACGAUUAUUUUACAAACGAAUUGAAUGCGGUACGUUUGUAUGGUAACACAACGCCAGUGAUUCCCUCGCAUAGGGAUCCUAAUUUGUUUAUUGUUGGUGUGGAAAGAUCUUUAUUCGCUAUUAAGUGGGACGGUAAAGGUCAAAUUGAAGCUAAGAAAAACCUAACGACAGUAUCGCAGCAAUUCCCAACUAGUAGAAUUAAUGAUGGCAAAGCUGAUCCAAUGGGAAGAGUGUGGUUUGGUACAAUGGGAUUUGAAGGUCCAGCAGGCGUUACACCAAACGAAGGUGUUUUAUAUUUGGCCUCCAAACAUACGUUGAACAAUCCCGUACCUGUCAUACAUCCAGUCAAUAUCAGCAAUGGGAUGGCUUGGAACAGGGCGCUCAAUAAAUUUUAUUACAUUGAUACACUUACCUUCACUGUAAGGGAAUUUGAUUAUAACAUUCGCAAUGGCAACAUUAGCAAUCCAAGAGUGGUGUUUAAUGUAACAGAGCACAAAAACUUGGGAGGAUUUCCAGAUGGAAUGGCAAUUGAUAAAGAUGAUAAUUUGUGGAUCGCGUUAUAUUAUGGAGGAGCAGUAAUUAAAGUAAACCCAACUACACGUUGUGUGCUGCAAGUUGUGGCAAUCCCGGCGCAGUGUGUCUCUUCGGUGGCGUGGGGUGGGCCAAAUUUGGACGUUUUAUUUGUAACUACAUCCCGCCAUGCUUUAAGUGCGGCUGAUAGAUUAAUGCAACCUGCUGCUGGAAGUGUUUUUGCCGUUACUAAUCUUGAUACGCGUGGUAUACGAGCAUCUUUCGCUAACAUUAUAGAUAAAAUUGACUCUGAUUAAAUCAAAUAGGUACUUGGUACAUUGACUAUCCCUUGUCAUCAUACAAAAUAGAGUUAUUUAAUUAAUUAUCUUAGGUACCUAAUGACAUAUAUAUCUUUUUGUUCUCUGGUUGAAAUGGAUUUCGUUUGGUUCGCCACUGAUGCUGGAGUAGUGAAAGGGGUAGGAGGAAUGAAAACGCUACAUUUACCUUUUUUGGGACAAUAGUUAAUACCAGAGCGAGCUGGAUACAUUUAUCCAUAUGGUUCAAAAAUCAGUAAUUGUCAGAGAUAAAAGCGUCCGGUUGUUGUAAAUUUGUAAUCUGCAGAGUUGACUGAUCCAUACAGUCCCUCUGACCAAAUCGACUAUAGGCAAUAGUCUGGUAAAUACAUUUUUGUUAUAACUGGAUGGAAUUUUUAAGUAUUUGAUUUAAUUGUGAUAUUUGAAAAUGGUAACAAUUUUUACAUUUACAAUUUAUUUGUAUAUUGUUUACACCAUAUUACAUUCUUUAUUUCGU